CGCCGUGUAUUUUUUCCUUUAUAUACAUACUAUUAUACAAAAAAAAGAAAAGUGAAAAUUUUUUCACUCAAAUUUUCAUUUUAAUUUUUCUUCUCUUAAACGUUCAAAAAACUACAGAAAUUAACUAAAUAUCUUUAAUUAAUAUAAUAAAUUUUAAUCAAUUUACAAAAUUUUUAAGAAAAAACUUUAAAUAUUACAAAAAAUUAUGCAAUCAAUAAUUAAAUGAAAAUUUAUUCUUUAUACGAUUACGAUGAAAGUGUAAUUUAAGCAAAAAUCAACGAAAUUGAAAACAAAGGAGUAAAAUAUUAAUUUCUAUUAGAAAACUAAAAAUUACAUCAAAUAUGUUCAACCCUGCAAUCGCUUUUGUGUAAAGUACUACAAAGUAAAAUAAUGAAAUAAAAAUAACUAAAUCAAGUGUUCGUUACUUUUAAAAUUGCAAUAUACAACUGUAUAGUUUUAUUUUUUAAAAUAAAUAAUAUUAAUGUAAUGAAAAUAUAAAUUAUCAAAUAAAUUUAGAAUAUAUAAAUUAGGAAAAAUAUGUAAAAUCAUUGCAAAUUAAAUUACUCAAGAAAAACGCACAAGCAUUAAAGUUAAAAAAACAUAAACAAAAAUUUUUAAAAUUCAUCGAAGCAAAAUACAUAUUCCUAUAGUUGAGAAUAUAAAAUUGUCGUUAUAAAAUCCAUUCUUAAAAAUAUUCAAGUAUUGAAUAUCAAUUUAUUAAAAAGUUGUGUCAUUUAUAUAUAGUGAAAAUAAUUACCAAAAAAUAAAAUAAUUAAUUAUUGUAAAUAUAAAAAUAGUUUUUUUAAAAUUAAAUGCUAUAUUUCGAUGAAUUUUCCCACAAAGUGAAUGUUGGCAGCCCUGGAGUGCCUCGGUAUUGCUGCGUGUACUAGGGGAUGUCGGGGUGUGACGAAACCGGAGUUGAAGCAGUAUCAGCAGAAUCAACCGAUUCACCAUAUGAAGACGACGAUUGUCUUAAAAUACGAAAAUGGUGGUGUUUUUUAUUAUCCAGCAUUUUCACCUUUUUGGCUGGAUUAUUGGUUGUACUGCUAUGGAGAUUUUUUGCAUUUAUGUGCUGCCGGAAGGAACCAGAAUUAUCUCCAAACGAUCCAAAACAGAAGGAACAAAAGGCCUCACGAAACAAACAAGAGUUCGAAGGAACUUUUAUGACAGAAGCAAAAGAUUGGGCUGGUGAACUUAUAUCAGGUCAAACAACUACUGGAAGAAUAUUGGUGGUACUCGUUUUUAUACUCAGUAUUGCUUCGCUUAUUAUAUAUUUUAUUGACGCUUCAAACGAAGAAGUGGAAAGAUGUCAAAAGUGGAGCAACAAUACCACACAACAAAUUGAUCUCGCAUUCAACAUAUUUUUUAUGGUUUACUUUUUUAUACGGUUCAUAGCAGCGUCGGACAAACUUUGGUUUAUGCUAGAAAUGUACAGUUUCGUAGAUUAUUUUACAAUACCCCCGUCCUUUGUAUCAAUAUAUUUAGAUCGGACAUGGAUCGGUCUUCGAUUCCUUCGAGCGCUUCGUCUUAUGACAGUUCCAGAUAUUUUGCAAUAUUUAAACGUACUGAAAACAUCGAGCUCUAUACGUUUAGCGCAAUUAGUCUCAAUUUUUAUAUCAGUAUGGUUGACAGCGGCUGGGAUUAUACAUUUGUUGGAAAAUUCUGGUGAUCCAUUCGAUUUUAAAAAUCCUCAUCAAUUAUCCUAUUGGACUUGUGUCUAUUUCCUAAUUGUGACCAUGUCAACGGUAGGAUAUGGUGACGUUUACUGUGAGACUGUAUUAGGUAGAACAUUUUUGGUGUUCUUCUUACUCGUCGGGUUGGCGAUAUUUGCAAGUUGUAUACCAGAGAUUAUAGACUUGAUUGGAACUAGAGCAAAAUAUGGGGGAACAUUAAAAAAUGAAAAGGGUCGAAGACAUAUUGUUGUAUGCGGUCAUAUAACGUAUGAAUCAGUGUCUCAUUUUUUAAAAGACUUUCUACACGAAGACAGAGAGGAUGUGGAUGUUGAAGUGGUAUUUUUACAUCGAAAACCUCCUGAUUUGGAACUAGAGGGUCUAUUCAAAAGACAUUUUACUACAGUGGAAUUUUUCCAAGGAACUAUAAUGAAUCCAAUCGAUCUACAAAGGGUUAAGGUUCAUGAAGCUGAUGCCUGUUUAGUUCUAGCCAAUAAAUAUUGUCAAGAUCCUGACGCCGAAGAUGCUGCCAAUAUAAUGAGAGUAAUCUCAAUUAAAAAUUACAGUGAUGAUAUUAGAGUAAUUAUUCAAUUAAUGCAAUAUCACAACAAGGCAUAUUUAUUAAAUAUUCCUUCAUGGGACUGGAAACAAGGUGAUGAUGUUAUAUGUUUAGCUGAAUUAAAAUUAGGUUUUAUAGCUCAAAGUUGCCUGGCGCCAGGUUUCUCAACAAUGAUGGCCAAUUUGUUUGCUAUGAGAUCAUUUAAAACGUCUCCAGAUACCCAGGCUUGGCAGAAUGAUUACCUGCAAGGUACAGGGUGUGAGAUGUACACAGAAACCCUUUCACCUUCUUUCACCGGUCAUACUUUCCCACAAGCAAGCGAACUUUGUUUUACAAAGUUAAAAUUGCUACUACUGGCGAUUGAAAUUAAAGCCACUGAAGAAGGUGCUGACAGUAAAAUAUCAAUAAAUCCACGAGGUGCCAAGAUUCAAGCAAAUACUCAAGGAUUCUUCAUCGCGCAAAGUGCGGAUGAGGUCAAGAGAGCCUGGUUUUAUUGUAAAGCUUGCCAUGAAGAUAUAAAAGACGAAACUUUAAUUAAAAAAUGCAAAUGUAAAAAUUAUGUUGGAAUGAUUUUAAUGGAAACAGGAAUGGUUAAACAAGGCAUGAAUGCAACAACCAUACAAAAUAGUAUCAUUGAUGUGGCAACCUUCAGGAAAGGCGUCCGUGCCGUUCAAUUGGUAGGACGUGCAAGCGAUGACUACAUAAUUUCAAAUGAACAUCAUCCCGCACCCACAUUUACUCCACCAGAACUACCAAAAAGGGUGCAUGUGCGUGGAAUAACAUCACCGGGUGAAUUAGUAAGAGAUCGUGAGGAUAUGAGCUUAAUAAAUAGAAAUAGAAGACCACCUAAUGCCACAAAUGGUGGCUCAACCUUGCAGCUCAAUAAUACAAUAAAGCAAGUUAACAAAGUCAAACCAAAUGUCAAUCGACAAGGAAGUGACAGCAUCGUAUCACCUUCAACGUAUAAUAGAGCUCCUGAAACUGAUGCAAAUCCUUAUGCCGGAUAUCAGCUCGCCUAUGAAGUGAAAAAAUUGAUGCCAACCAGCCGUGGUAGUGGUUCAGGAACGCAAAAUCAAAAUGGUGUUUCACUACCUGCAGGCAUUGCUGAUGAUCAAUCAAAAGACUUCGACUUUGAAAAAACAGAAAUGAAAUAUGAUUCCACUGGAAUGUUUCAUUGGAGUCCAGCUAGGAAUUUAGAAGACUGUAUUUUGGAUCGCAAUCAAGCAGCUAUGACAGUUUUAAAUGGUCAUGUGGUUGUUUGCUUAUUUGCUGAUCCAGACUCACCAUUAAUUGGAUUAAGAAAUCUAGUGAUGCCCUUACGUGCAUCAAAUUUUCAUUACCAUGAACUUAAACAUGUUGUUAUUGUUGGUUCUGUAGAUUACAUACGACGCGAAUGGAAAAUGUUACAAAAUUUACCUAAAAUAUCUGUAUUAAACGGUUCUCCACUCAGUCGAGCUGAUUUAAGGGCAGUCAAUGUUAAUUUAUGUGAUAUGUGCUGUAUUCUGUCGGCAAAAGUUCCUAGCAACGAUGAUCCUACAUUAGCCGAUAAGGAAGCAAUAUUAGCAUCUUUAAAUAUAAAAGCAAUGACAUUUGAUGAUACAAUAGGUGUAUUAAGCCAACGUGGCUCAGAAUUCGAUAACUUAAAUACUGCCGGCAGUCCAAUUGUUUUACAAAGACGAGGUUCUGUUUAUGGUGCAAAUGUUCCAAUGAUAACAGAACUAGUUAAUGAUAGCAAUGUACAGUUUUUGGAUCAAGAUGACGAUGAUGACCCAGAUACUGAAUUAUAUUUAACACAACCGUUCGCAUGCGGUACUGCGUUUGCUGUUAGUGUCUUAGAUUCCUUAAUGUCAACGACAUAUUUCAAUCAAAACGCCUUAACACUUAUUCGAUCACUUAUUACUGGCGGUGCUACGCCGGAAUUAGAAUUGAUAUUAGCUGAAGGUGCUGGUCUGCGUGGUGGAUAUAGUACAACUGAAAGUUUGAGUAACCGUGAUAGAUGUCGUGUGGGGCAGAUAUCAUUGUAUGAUGGUCCUUUGGCACAAUUUGGUGAAUGCGGAAAGUAUGGUGAUUUAUUUGUAGCAGCGCUUAAAUCAUAUGGAAUGUUAUGUAUUGGAUUGUACAGAUUUAGAGAUACAAGUUCUAGUUGUGAUGCUAGUAGUAAACGAUAUGUAAUUACUAACCCACCCGAUGAUUUUUCAUUACUGCCAACAGACCAGGUAUUUGUUUUAAUGCAAUUUGAUCCUGGCUUAGAAUAUAAGCCACCAUCAGUACGAGCACCAUCUGGCGGACGUAAUGCUAAUACACAGGGCUCUGGGGUUGGUGGCGGUGGUUCUAAUAAGGAUGAUAACUCCUGAUUGUUACUGUGUAGCGCCUUAACUGAUGGUCCUUAUUCGUACAUAUGAACGAUGGAGAAUUCAGUAUUGUACAAAAUAACGCAAUAUUGGCAACAAAUAUUUCACAAAAUCUUACAAUUUAUAUUUAGUUUUUUUCAAAGAUUUUACGGUGGUAAUGUCGAAGAAUUUUUAUAAAAAAGAAAGUAUAUAACUAAAUGGUAAAAAUCAUAACUUGCAAUAUAAUUUUACCGAUUAAAUGAUGAAAAAUAAAAUUUUUUAGUAAAACUUUUAUUAGAAAAUUUAAAAAUUAUCUUUUUAUAUGGACAUUUAUAUUAAAUUUGGUUAAAAUUAAUUAUUUAAAAAUUUAAUUUUGUAAAAACUUUACUUCUGUAUGUAUCCUAAAUGUAUUAAUCAAAUGCAUACAUAUUUUUAUUUAAUUUCGACCAUUGUAGUUGAUUUAAAAAAAAAAUUGUUUUUCAUUUUAUUGUUUUUUUGCAAUUUUAUUUCGAACAGAUUUGGUAACUUUAUUAAAUUUUUAACGUAGAAUCAUUUUACAUCUGGUGAAGGUCUUGUAUAAUUGAUAUUACAAUAUUUAUUAUUAAUGUUAUCUUUAACUUUUGAUCGCAUCCAGAAUUUAUCUUUAUUUUACCAUAUUUUUAUUCUGUGUUAUUUGUUUUUCGUUUAGUUAAAAAAGUUUUUGAGAAUUAUCAAAAACUCAAAUCAUUAGGUCAAAGAUUUUUGAUUUCGUGUUUCUUAAUUCUUAAAUGAUUUUUUUUUGCAUAAAAGAAAGCCGAUAAAACUCUAUAUAUCACUAUUAUACGUAGUACAUGGUUUCGAUGCAACACAUAUUCUGAUACUACAUAAAAAUUAUAUCAAAAGUCACUGGUUGCGCCAUGAAACAAAAUAAAUAGUCUGCACGAAAUUUUUAAUAAUAAAUUACAACCUUAGAAAACAAAGCAUUCUCGUCGCGAAUCGCGACAUUUAUUUAAAAUAGAUAAUUUUAAUAGAAAACUUUACUUUCACCAUUCCAAAUUGAAAAAUAAAUUUUAUACAUUAUGUAAAAUAUAAAUGUCUUCAGUCAUAAUGAAUUCUUUUAUACGAUAAUGAAGAUAAUAUGCACACUGUUAAAAUAUUAUUUACAAGAUUAUCGGUAUUCUUUUGUUUAAAUAAAGAAAUAACCCUUCAUUCUUCACUAUAUAAUUAUAUAGUAAAUAUUAUUUUCUGUAUAUUAACUCAUUUGUUUUUUUUUAGUUAGUUUUAAUUAUAAAAUAAAUAUAUCGAAUAAAUAUGCGUUAUUUUGUACAAUAUUUAUAAAAAAAUUUUGAGCCAUUGAAAUAUUAUUUUUUUUAUUUUAUUUUUAAAAGUUUAUGGAAUUAUAAUUAUGUAAAUUAUACUUAGUUUCUUUAUUAUAAUAGCUUAAAAGAAAUAAUUUUUUUUAUACUUAUAUUCAUUUUAUAUGAGAUUAUGCAUAAAAAUGUUAAAAGAUAUAACGAAAAAAUCCCUCUAACUAUUUCGAGUAUUGUUAAAAUUAAUCACGAAGAUGUUAUAUAUGAUUUUAUAAAAAAAAAAUCACAGAAACUGAAAGAAAUAAUAAAUUUGAUUGAUGAAAUUUAUGUCAAUGGUUCAAAAUUUUAAAUGAAAGAUAUUUACUUUUUUGAAAUGAAAUCAAAAUUUAAUUACUGAUUUCAACUUUAAAGAAAAUAUGUUUCAUUACCAUAUAAAGAAAAGCUUUGCAAAUUAAAAACAUAAAACAUCCAAAAUUCCAUCUUUCAUAUGUGUAAAGAUUGCUUCCCACACCAUUCCGAAUGCUCUUUAAAACUUUUUCUAUUUUUUGUUAUUUUAUUUUCUGUUAUUUUAAGUUUAUUUUGGUUUCAUAAAUGUUAUUUUUUUUACAUAUAAAUAUGUUUUUAAUUUUAAGUUUAAUUGUUAUUAUUAUUUAUUUGCUUUCAAUUUAAAAUAUAUUUGUUAAUUAAAUACAAAAAAGCGGAA